AUGCGACGCAACAAUUACCCCUACCAGCCGCUGAACCAACAGCCUCCUGGUUCAUCCUCUUCCUCUCACCAUCCAGAUAGCUUGGAGGCUGAAAAUGAACGCGCCGCCGAAGAACUGACACAGAAAAUCGGCGCCCUCAAAUCCCUAACCAUCGAUAUUGGCAAUGAAGUACGUUACCAGGACAAAUUGCUCCGCGGCAUUGACGAUGACAUGGAUCGCACCGGUGGAUUCCUAAGCAAUACAAUGACGCGAGUGGUACGGCUGGCCAAACAAGGUGGCGGAGCUAGACAAAUGUGUUACAUGUUCCUCUUUGUGCUCUUUGUCUUUCUCCUGCUUGCGUUGGUAUUGAAAUUUAAAUAGCCAGCUGGAUAUAAUUUCUAAAUUUUGUAUACAUCUAGUAAGUUAGACAACAGGGAAGUCGGAGAAGCGUACCCAUUAAAAUAUAAGAAA